UCCAAAACUUUUAUAGAGAUAGUCCUUUUAUUGUCGUGUAAAAUCCUACUAACACUCCAUUCUAUAGCUAUUUCAAGAAAAUGUGUGAAUUAGUUGAGGAGGAUUAGUAGGAGAUUUGGUGCUCCCCAAAUUCUGAAAGUGGGGCUUGAGUAUUUUAUUACUCAUUACUGUGAACACAUUUGUAUUUUUCAGCUUUUGUUGUCUCAGGAAAGAAAACAUUUGCAAAUGCAGAUCCCUUCAGAAGUUACCUUGAGUAUUUUAUUGCAGAAGAAAAAUAUGCCCUGAUGGUACCAAUAGGGGUCAAACAACUUCUAUAAAGAAAAUUACUAAAAUAUGUGAGUAAAAUGUAGUGGCAGUCCCUAAGAGGGAGGGAUUUAGAGAGAACAGAAAAUGAAGAGAGAAAAUAGUGAUACAUUUAUUGGGUUCAAUAACUGUUAAAAAUUAAUAGGAAACUAGAGCAAGAGGUAUGUGGUAACCUAGCACUUAAGUUAGCUCUGUUAUACUUCCAAAGGCAUAUUUGAGGUUUUGGCCUUCUGGGCAACUUUUGGUAGAGUGUCUGUCAUUUUUCCUUUACUGCUGGUAAAGAAGACUCAAGAGGAAGAAUCCAGGUUUUGCUGAAGAUAUUCCUGAAGAAUCAUUCCAGGUGCCACACUAAAAAAAUGAUCCAGUUGACAGCUACCCCUGUGAGUGCACUUGUUGAUGAGCCAGUGCAUAUCCAAGCUACAGGCCUGACGCCCUUUCAGAUGGUGAGUUUUCAGGCAUCACUGGAAGAUGAAAGUGGAAACAUGUUUUAUUCUCAAGCCCACUAUAGGGCCAAUGAAUUUGGUGAGGUGGACCUGAAGCAUGCUGCUUCACUUGGAGGGGAUUAUAUGGGAGUCCACCCCAUGGGUCUCUUCUGGUCUCUGAAACCUGAAAAGCUAUUAACAAGACUGUUGAAAAAAGAUGUGAUGAAUAAGCCUUUCCAGGUCCAAUUAAAACUUUAUGACUUAGAGUUAAUAGUGAACAAUAAAGCUGCCAGUGCUCCAAAGGCCAGCCUGACUUUGGAGAGGUGGUAUGUGGCACCUGGUGUCACACGAAUUCAGGUUCGAGAAGGCCGCCUUCGAGGAGCUCUCUUCCUUCCUCCAGGAAAGGGUCGCUUCCCAGGGGUAAUUGAUUUGUUUGGUGGUUUGGGUGGGCUGCUUGAAUUUCGGGCCAGCCUCCUAGCCAGUCGUGGCUUUGCCUCCUUGGCCUUGGCUUACUUUAACUAUGAAGACCUGCCCGCCAAACCAGAAAUAACAGAUUUGGAAUAUUUUGAGGAGGCUGCCAAUUUUCUCCUGAGACAUCCGAAGGUCUUUGGCCCAGGUGUUGGGGUAGUCUCUGUAUGUCAAGGAGUACAGAUUGGACUAUCUAUGGCUGUUAAUCUAAAGCAAGUCACAGCCACGGUACUUAUUAAUGGAACCAACUUUCCUUUUGGCAUUCCACAGGUGUAUCGUGGUAAGAUCUAUCAGCCCUUUCCCUAUUCUGCACAAUUAAUAUCCACCAGUGCCUUGGGGUUACUAGAGCUCUAUCGCAUUUAUGAGACAACUGAAGUUGGGGCCAGUCAAUAUUUGUUUCCUGUUGAAGAGGCCCAGGGGCAUUUCCUCUUCAUUGUAGGAGAAGGCGAUAAGGUUAUCAACAGCAAAGCACAUGCUGAACAAGCCAUAGGACAGCUGAGGAGACAUGGAAAGAACAACUGGACCCUGCUAUCUUACCCUGGGGCAGGCCACCUGAUAGAACCUCCCUAUUCUCCUCUGUGCUGUGCCUCAAUGACCCGCGAUUUGAAGUUACACUGGGGAGGAGAGGUGAUCCCACACGCAGCUGCACAGGAACAUUCUUGGAAGGAGAUCCAGAGAUUUCUCAGGAAGCACCUCAUUCCAGAUAUGACCAGUCCACUCUAAGAAGACUAGAUAUUCCUAGAAAAUAAAGAAGCAAAUCUCUUUACCAGGACCUUCUCUCAAUUUUCAUGGCGGAAUGUCUCCCCCAACUGCCAUAUACAUUUUGUAGUAAUUUUAAUGAUUAAAAAGAGCAUAGGGUAAAAACCUGAUAUUUCACUUAGACUGCAUAACAAGCUACCAAACUGGACAUGGUGGAUAAAUCAUAAAACAAAUCAUUUUACUUAUUAUUUACAUGACUUUUCUUUCCAUCAGGUCUUCUAAAUAGGACUGAGGUAUAGUACACUGGCAAAAACAAGAAAAGGCAAACAAGAAUAGCACCAAAGUAACAGAUGCCUAAAACCAAAUACCAUGUCAGACCACACUAUAUAGUAAGAAUUCAUCAGAUUAGAGCAGCAGGAGAAAGGUAAUACUAAAUUAUAAUCAUUUUAGUGAUAUUUUUCAACUUCACCACAGUAACUUUGCAACAUCAUUUUUCAUUUGUAGGGUAGUAAAAUUCAUGUCAAAAAGGAAAGAAGGAAUGGAGGAAGUCAAUUAGUUCAUUGCAAUAAAUUACCUCUUCAGUUCUUAAAAACAUGCCCACUGGCACAUAAUUGAGACGUAAUAACUAAGACUAGAAGAGACUUGGUUUAAGUUAUGAAGCAAAUUAAAAUGGAAAAGACAAGAAAAUAGAACCAAUAAGGUUGAAAAUGCCCCUUACUGAAAAUCUGCAUUAAAAAUAAAAUUAAUAAAAGUAAAAAAUAAGUAUAGAAACACAACUCUACUAGUACAGGCUAGCCUGGGGAGUUUGAUGAACUGAGUGAUUGGGUCAACUGUCACUGCACUUCCAUAAUGAAUUUCUUCAGUCAUGUUAGAGUAGCACAUGAAUGUGAGCUCUAUAAGGACAGGUACUAUAUUUCCAUAAGACCCAAAUAGUUACUGUACAUCCCAUAAGUAAAAAAUACUUUAGUUUGAUAACCAACGAAAUAUAUGAAGACUCCAUGUAAUUCAACCACAUGGUUGUUUGUUGUACAGUCCUUUGCAAAUAUUAAAAAAAAAUUUUUGCUAUAAGGCUUUGACCAUACAGUUCUCAUAGCAAUGUAACUACCAUCUAGUGUGUACCACAUUUUGCAAGCCUUUAAGUUCAACAAUCCAAACUGUCAAUUUGUAUUAUGUCCAAAUGCAGUAUCCUUGAGGAAUAUAGUGUGUCAGUUAAAUAUCUAGAGACAUACAAACAUCUGCUAAUUCAUCUCACUGAGAUGGGUCAUUCUGAUCUCCAUCAUCAACCCACUUUUCAUCAGCUUCUCCUACCUCAUUCUCCUUAUAGUCUUUAUCAUGAGGGAUUCUGAAUCCUGUCUCUCAUCUAUACUUUCUUGCCUUCCUGGCUGUGAUUUAUUUGUACAGCCUGCACAAAAACCAUAGGGUCAAGAUCCAUGUCUUAUUCCAACACUGGCUGCUAACAUUAUCUUCUUACAUACCAUACAUUUGCAUUUUUAUCCUUCUUAUGCACCAAGAAAUGUUUUCUUCCCUGUUUUCUUCAAGUGUAAAAAAUCACAGCUAAAUGACCUCACUCAUGUAUGAAUAAGCAAGUGCCUUUUUAGUGUUUGUUUGCAUUUGGCUGCAUAGCUACAAUGAUGGCAUUUUAACUUAUUCAUGAUUAGAGAUGAUGAUAUGGUUUGGAUAUUUGUUGUGCCCAAAUUUCAUACUGAAAUGUAAUCCCCAGUGUUGGAGGUGAGGCCUGCUGGGAGAUAUUUGGGUCAGGGGGUGAACCCUCAUGGCUUGAUACUGUCCUCAUGAGAGUAUGAUAGUGAGUGAGUUCUCAAGAGAUCUGACUGUUUAAAAGUGUGUAGCACCUCCUCCCCGCUCUCACACUCUUUCUUGCCUCCUCUCUCGCCAUGUGAGAUGCCUCCUCGCCAUUUACCUGCUGCCAUGCUUGUAAACUUCCUGAGGCCUCCCCAGAAGCCAAACAGAUACAAGCAUCAUGCUUCUGUAAAGCCUGCAGGACCAUGAUCCAAUUAAAUCUCUUUUCUUUAUAAAUUA